AUGCAACAAUUUACCUUCACCUCAGGUCCCUGCGUGCCCGAGCAUGUACAGAGCUUCAUACAGUGUGAGAACAGUCUGGGCGCGGCCAGCUGGGCCAAGAGCGACGGGGCAGAGUCCUACAUGGCCAUCGCAGUGGGACAGGACCAACACACCCACAUGUGCACCACAAACACCACCAGCUGCAUCUGGGACGACCUGCACUGUGGCGAGCAGUACACCGUUCACAUCAUUGCCAACGACUACCUGUGCAGCAGCAUGCCGAGCAAUAGCACAUCGAUACAAAUGGCACCCUGUAUUCCUCAAAACCUGAAAUCAUCUCUGAACUGCACUAUGAAGGUGGGAUCGCUGUCCUGGAAUGCCAGUGACACUGCUGAGUUUUACAUUGUGACCGCAGAGACCAACAGUGGCCACAAAGUGCAGCUCAGCACCAACGAAACCUGGACCUUCAUUUCUGAGUUUCUCUGUGGCCAGAAGUACUUCCUGUCUGUUCAGGCGGUAGACUCCGUGUGCACAAGCCUCCCCAGUCAGCCGAUAAUGCUUGAGUCAGAGCCCUGCCCCCCCACCGGCGUCACCAGCUUCAUGAACUGCCUCUCUAACAUCGCGGUAGUCUCGUGGACUGGUUCAGCUGGGGCGCAGUUCUACACCGCUAUACUAGCUCAAGAAGACGGCCAAUCACGAAGCUGCUGGUCUGACAGCACACAGUGUGGCAUGCCCGGCGUCCAAUGUGGACAGAACUACACAGUGACGGUCGUCGCCUCGAACGAGAAGUGUAACUCCGACCCCAGUGAGGCAGACACACUGCAGUCAGUGCCUUGUACUCCUACUGAUGUGGACGUGACGAUAGACUGCUCUAACAAUCAGGGUCUGGUGUCCUGGAGUUCCAGCGACGGGGCUUUGUCCUACAAAGUGACGGCUCAGAGCUCACAGGGAGUCAUGUCCUCCUGCGAGAGUACAAACCUAAUGUGCACCCUGACCAACCUGACCUGUGGGCAGGACUUCUCUGUCCAGGUGGUGGCGCAGGAUGAUAUCUGCUCAAGUUUACCAAGCCAAGCUACAGAGUUCAAAUCAGUUCCCUGCACACCUAACAUUGGCUCUGUGGUUCUCGACUGCUACACCAACUCUGCCCUCUUGGACUGGGCCUAUGCCGAGGGCGCCCUGAACUACACUGCAACAGCUCGGACCUCUAGUGGCCAUGUUUCCAGCUGCACCACCAACUUCACCAACUGCGAGCUGAAAGAUCUGCAGUGUGGUCAGAUUUAUGAUGUGGUCACUGUGGCCUCAAAUGAGGAGUGCAGCAGCCCACCAAGCACCCAAUUGCCGGUGGAGUCAGUGCCUUGUCCUCCUGAAAAUGUUGUGCCUGUAGUGGACUGCUCUACUAACACAGCCCUUGUGGAGUGGCAGGCCUCUACAGGGGCCGAUUCCUACAUUGUCCAAGCCUUCGGCGUGGAAGAAGAUGAAUCUCAAUGCGAAACAGACUCAGAGUCCUGCGUUCUCACAGACCUAAUGUGUGGCUUCACCUACAACAUCAGUGUGAUUGCCAUCAACACCGUGUGCAAUGUCUCACGGAGUGACAUGAAACAACUGCAAGCAGUGCCCUGUGUACCACAGCAGGUGGAGGCACGGGUAGUCUGUGAGUCUGGCGCUGUGGCGGUCUCCUGGGAGUCCAGCAAAGGGGCAUCAUCAUACACAACGGUUGCCAAGGGCAAUGGCGGCUACGCGUCUAUGUGUAACAGCAAUGUGACAACGUGCCUGUUCAAUGACUUGCUGUGCGGCCUCAACUACUCCAUCACUGUUAGAGCUUCAGAUGAAACGUGUAGCAGCGCUCGAAGCUCUGCUGUGGAGCUUAACACAGUGCCGUGCAUACCACAGAACGUAACAGCAGAGAUGGUGUGCAGUAAUGACACAGGAGUUGUGUCGUGGGAAGAGGAGGAGGGUGUGUCCUCCUACAUGGUGCGAGCUUUUGGGCCUGAUGGUCACAAGAUUCAGUGUAACAGCACCACAACCAGUUGCAUGCUACCCAACAUGCACUGCGGCCAGCUCUACAACCUGACAUUGACAGCUCAGGAUGGAGAAUGCGACAACAGCCGUGCCUACCUCAACCUGCAGUCAGUGCCUUGCAGGCCAACCAACGUAAAGGCUUCUCUACGGUGCCACUCAAACUCUGCUGCAGUGACGUGGGAGCGAGCAAGUGGAGCGCUCUCCUAUCUUGCCGUUGGUGUUACAGAAGAUGGAAGCAACAAGACGGAAUGUAACAACACCAUGACCCACUGUGAUCUGAUCAACCUGCAGUGUGGAAAGACCUACAAUGUGAGCGUGUUCAGCCAGGAUGAGUCCUGUUCCAGUGUGGAGAGUGACAAGGCAUACGUGCGAACAGCACCCUGUCCACCCCAGGAUGUGGCUAUUAAAGCAGAGUGUGAUGAUGGUGCCAUGGCCGUGUCCUGGUCACCGAACCCAGAUGCCCAGCACUUCCAUGUGGCGGCAUUGAGCAACACCAGGGCGAGACUCUACUGUAACUCCAGCGGCACCGGAUGCACCAUCAGCGAUCUACCAUGUGGACAGCACUACAACGUCACUGUGCUGUCUGUGAGAGAUGGCUGUGAGAGUAUGCCCAGCGCUGUGGUAGAGACUUCCACAGCUCCAUGUGUGCCCAGAAAUGCUCAGGGCCGUCUGGACUGCAUAUCAAACUCUGCCUGGGUGACGUGGGACGUCUCAGAAGGAGCCCUCAGCUACUAUGUGAUGGCCGGAGAGGUCGGAGGUCACAACGCCAACUGCACAACCACCUCCUCUCCCUGUAAUAUCCCAGAUCUGAAAUGUGGGACCAUUUACACCUUCCAUGUCACUGCUGUCAACAAACACUGCCGCAGUAAUCACACCACCUUUGAGCUUCAGACAGGUCCUUGUGCUCUAACAUCAAUUAAUGCGUCGACACAAUGCAACAGCGACAAAAUCCUGGUCGAAUGGGAAAUGAAAAAUGACACACCGCUCUACGUGGUGACCGCUGAGGGCCAAGACCAAACCCUCAUUUCCUGUAACAGCUCGUCCAACUCCUGUGAACUCUCGGAUACCCGCUGUGGCAUGCAUUACAGCAUCAUAGUGUCAACUUCUUCUGAUAAGUGCAGCAGCCUCAGAAGCCCACCAAAGAAGAUCAAAACAGACAAUGUGACAGUGGCAGCAUCAUGUGAGGAGAAUGGAGCCACAGUGACGUGGGGACACUCCCCUGUGGCUACAUCCUACCUACUGACAGCCACAGGGAGGGAUGGACAUGUAGCGAGCUGCAACACCUCAGUAAACAACUGCACCCUGGCUGAUCUGCACUGCGGACAGAAGUAUAACUUAAGCAUCACCGCCAGUGGAGACAACUGCACCAGCAAGCCCAGAACGUCAUCCUUCGAAACGGUGCCGUGUGAGCCCUCUGAUCUCGCAGUGGAUAUUGAUUGUAAGACCAACUCUGCCAUGCUGUCUUGGGGUGCCAGUGAGGGCGCCGUGGAGUAUUUUGGCUGUGCCCAAUCUAUGAACGGAGACGCGCUCUACUGCAACAGCACAGUCCCCUUCUGCUCACUCACAGGCCUGGGAUGUGGUGACAUUUACAAUUUCUCUGUUGAAGCCUCAAACGGUGUCUGCAACAGCUCGUUUAGUUCGCCUCUGCAGGCUGGAGCAGCCCCAUGCGCUCCGACUGCUCUGAAUGUCCGAAUGCAAAGGAUAGGCAAAGCUCACUGGGCCAUGAUGUCAUGGGACACUGUCAAUUGUUCUGAUGUUGAGUACCUUGUCGAGAUAACCGGUCGAAUCCAAAACAACCCACAGACCCAGAUGCAGAUCUCUUCUUACUGGUUGCCCAGAGCAUACUUUGAAACCCCAAUGCCUUGCAGCACACCUUAUAACUUCACUGUGCGCUCCGGAAACUCAGCCGGGGUCAGCAAGCCAUCCAGUCCCUUAACUGGAGUCACAGUCCCCUGUGCUCCACAGAAUGUGAAAUACACUGGUGACAGAGCGUCUGCUGUGCUGUCCUGGAAUCAAUCACUGCUUGCCACAAGGUACACUGUCUACAAUGUGUCCGGGGCAGCCCGUGUUAAGCUUUGCAACACCACCGGACUCUCCUGCCAGCUGACCAACUUUGAUCCUAACACCACUGAAGUGACAGCCAGCAAUGCAGCGGGAGAAAGCAUCCCUAACCGAGAUAUCACAGGUCCAGUAGGAGCUCGCAGAAAAAGACAUUUGUGGGCCAGUGGAACCUAUGCCCACAACAAUCUUGAAAUCCCAAAAGUGCUAACUGUAACCGUAAGUGGAGUUUGCUUGAAUGUGACUUGGAUGAGAGUCAAGGAUGCAACCGAGUACACAGUCAUAAUUGAGGAGAAGCAGACCGACCAAUCAGCCACCUAGAAUUAGAACCGUGGAAGGUCAUUUUUACAAUGAGAAGGACCUCAAGCCGUGGACCACCUACUGCAUCAGGCUGGCAGCCAAAAACACCAUCAACCAGAGCAACUACUCCAGGCCAAUGUGUAGAACCACUGGUGCCUCCUAAUGAAAUACCACAGAUACACUUAAAUAGACACUGGACUGAGCAAAAACCCAGUCAUAAGGGUUGUAUGUUUGUUUUCUUCACUCUGUAGCAUCCAUAACACAAUUGUUAGCUGUUCAAUCUUUAAGAACUUUAGAAGGAAACUUGUAAAAAAAGUUAAAUAAAAUAACAACUAC